CAACCCACGGCGAAUCUCGCGGGACUUGCGGCACUCUGGUCUGGCAACCGGGGGCUACGGAGUGUGGAGUUUAUCUGGAGUGGGGUGGACUCUGUGGCGGGGUAGUGUGGGGUGCAGCAGCAAUGUCCUCUAAUUCUCCUUCCGGAUUCUACCGACAGGAGUUGAACAAAACCCUGUGGGAGGUGCCUGAGAGGUAUCAGAACCUGAGUCCUGUGGGCUCCGGGGCGUACGGCUCGGUCUGCUCUGCCUAUGAUACCAAGACAGAACAGCGUGUUGCAGUUAAAAAACUUUCUCGGCCUUUUCAGUCUAUCAUCCAUGCAAAACGCACCUACAGAGAACUUCGUCUACUGAAGCAUAUGAAACAUGAGAAUGUUAUCGGACUUUUAGAUGUUUUUACCCCAUCAAAAUCCUUUGAGGAGUUUAAUGACGUAUAUCUGGUGACUCAUCUAAUGGGAGCUGACCUAAAUAAUAUAGUGAAAUGUCAGAAACUGACUGAUGAUCAUGUUCAGUUUUUGAUCUACCAGAUCCUUCGAGGACUUAAGUAUAUCCACUCAGCCGGUAUUAUCCAUAGAGACUUGAAACCCAGCAACCUUGCUGUAAAUGAAGAUUGCGAGCUAAAAAUUCUUGACUUUGGCUUGGCUCGGCACACAGAUGAGGAAAUGACUGGGUAUGUUGCCACAAGGUGGUAUCGGGCACCAGAAAUCAUGCUAAACUGGAUGCAUUAUAAUCAGACAGUGGAUAUCUGGUCUGUGGGCUGUAUAAUGGCUGAGCUCCUGACGGGUCGAACUCUCUUCCCAGGCACAGAUCAUAUUAAUCAGCUGCAACAGAUUAUGCGACUGACUGGAACACCUCCAAUUUAUCUCAUUAACAGGAUGCCUAGCCAUGAGGCCCGAAAUUACAUCCAGUCACUGCCAUAUAUGCCGAAGAUGAAUUUUGAAGAUGUUUUUUUGGGCGCCAACCCUCAAGCUGUGGAUCUACUUGAGAAAAUGCUUGUUCUGGACACAGACAAGAGGAUUACUGCAACAGAGGCUUUAGCCCAUGCCUAUUUUGCUCAGUACCAUGACCCAGAUGAUGAACCAGUAGCUGACCCUUAUGACCAAAGCUUUGAGAGCCGAGAGCUUGAUAUUGAAGAAUGGAAAAGUUUAACCUAUGAAGAAGUACUUUGCUUUGUACCACCUCCACUAGACUCUGAUGACAUGGAAUCUUGAAAAAUCUGCUCCAAAGGUGUUUGCCGCUGUGAAGAUGAUGAUGAUGAUGGACAUCUAUUUCAGCUCCCAUCUAUUAUACAAAGUGCCUAUCAGAUUGUGGAUCUGAGUGAUUUGCAUAUAUACAUCUCUAUUCAUAUUUUUCUUUACUGGGGAAAGUUAGUUAAUAUGGAACCUAACUACUGCUGCAUGUCCCCCAGAUGCCUCUCACUUACACAAGCAUAGUGCUCCAGCCUCUGCUGAAAGGUCUGUACCACAAUGUUGUGGAAGGAACAGUUUGAAACUUUAUAUGUCCUAUUUGUGGUUUGUGGUGGAACAAAAAGCAAAUGGGCCUAAUGCAGAAUAACUUGGCUUUGUGUUUGUGAAGGAUUGUUGAUUUAAUGGAUGGUGGUGUGGAUAUUUUUCACCUCACAUAAUAAAUUAUUUUACUAUGUGAAAUUAUAAAUAUAUAUAUAUACAUAUCUAAAAUACACAUUUAUAUAUUCUUAUCCCUAAUCUACAAAUCAAUCUCCUUUCAGAAGACUAUUUCUACUACAAAAUACUACAUUAGCUUCUUGUCUUGAAGCUUCAGUUCUGUUUUACAUUUGUGCAAAUCCAUAUGUGACCUGGCUUCUUUUCAAUCUGAUACAUGUUAUUAUCCACAGUGUCAUUGUCCAAAUUGGUAUAUGUUCAUAUGCAAUCGAUACUGUAUCUGCAGACAAACCCAUCAACAUGUGCAUGUUGCAUAUGUGGAUAUGUUGCUGAUUUGCCAUGGGUUUCACCCUAUGUAUUACAAAGGGUAAAAUUUGAGGUGGAAAGCUGCAGAAUGAAUUGACAUGCUGCAGAUUUAAUAUUUGCACAGCAUAUCAGUUUAUUGUUUUUUUUUUUUUUUCUUUCAGCAUAUGAUUUACUUCUACUGUAUGCUGCUGCAGUUUUCCUGUCUGCACAUCUAAAAUGUGCUAAAUUUUCACAUGUGAACAUAGUCUUAAUGUUAAAGGAACCACCUGUAAAUUGGUCUGCCCAUAGUAUAUAAAUAUUACUUUAUUGCACAGUGAUCUCUGGCAUUUACCAGGGUGAAAUCAUUAAUUACUUAACAAUCAUACAUGGGAAAACUAAAAAUGCUAAAUGUUCCAGUAUAAGGUAUGACUAUAUACUGUCAUGGCCGAAAAUUUUGGCAUCCCUGACCUUUUUCUAGAAAAUGAAGUAUUUCUCCCAGAAAAGGAUUGCAGUAACACAUGUUUUGCUAUACACAUGUUUAU